AUGACUCUUGCGAAAAAACCAACUCCUCAGCCUUUACCUACCAACCCAUUCAUACCAGAGACUCCUACUCACGACGCCUAUGAUCAAUGCCUUAGUUUGGAGCAGCAGCCAGGGUGGUACAUAUUCGAAAGCGACCUCCGAGGGAAGGAUUUCUCCGAGUCCAUUAUGCGGGACUUGUCCCCUGUCAUCGUUGCUCGUGUCCUGGGUCAUGCCUUGCGUCUCGCUCCUAGCGACGAGGGUCGUGAAGUCCUGACACGAGAGAUUAUAGGUUGCGAGGCUGACCCAGAGCUGUUGGCCGGGCUCAGUCAUUUGUACGUCUAUGGGAUGAUCCGCGUUUUCUACAAUCCGAAAGGGCCAACGCCUUCUAUAUCGGCUAUCCAGAGUCCUAGGCGUUCCUUUGAAGAAGUGGUAAAUGCUGGGAGCCAUCUUGUGGCGGCUCCGCUGGUAACCCCCCGGAACCUGCGACAGCUUACCUUGAUUCGCGACGAAAAUUCCUGUGUUUUCACUGGGGACCUGGAUGAAGGUAUAGAUCGUGCUGCGCUGGUCGCGGCGCUCGAUUUAGAUCCAGAUCGCCCAACUGCAUCGACCCAUGUUGCCCACAUCAUCAGUCAAUCUCUAUCAUCGGACAUUGGUGGAAUGACGCAAGCUGCUCGUGACAAGUUCACGUGGGCCUCAAGUGCUGCAGCGGUUCUCGAACGUUUCGGCGGUUUCUCUGCUCACGCCAUUCUGGGUGAGGCCAACCUCAACAGCGCCCUGAAUGCGUUCACAGCAUCGAGUACACCACAUACUUGGUUCGACUGUUUGAAUCUAUGGUUGGUACCUGCAAAGGACGAGCAUGGGGCUGUCAUAUCUGAUACUUAUGACGUGUGUUAUCCAACAUCGGAGGAUCCUCGGAGGUUUCGCAAUGCGCGUCUCAAGCAACGAGUCAGCUUCAGAACAGCGUCCACGACUGAUGGCACAGACACUGUCAUCCCACCUCCCCACCCUCGCAUCCUUGCUCUCCAUGCUGCAUGUGCUCAGGUCGCUCAUCUGUCUGGUGCUGCGGGACAUGUGUCUGAGUUUUAUGGUAACCCGGACCAGGACAGCAUCUCGGUUAUGACUGAACCAAGUGCCCCGACUAAGUUGGUGCAAAAACUGAAGAUAUUGCAGCUUGUUUCCUCGCCUGCUUGA